CCAUCCGUUUCUCAAUUCGUUCUCUUCCAAAAUAUUCCCUUCGUUUCUCCUCUUUGAUGCACCGCUGUUCAUGGGCUCUUGCUUCUCUUCCAGCACCAGCUAUAGUUCUCAACCCACCGCCAAAGUCGUCGCCGUUGAUGGCUCCCUGAAAGAGUACUCUGCACCGGUCCCGGCCUCCGACAUCCUGGGCGAAGAUGGCCGGUCUUUUUUCAUCUGUAGCGCUGAUAGGCUCUACUUCGACUCUUACGUUCCGGCACUGGGGGCUGAUGAGCGGCUCCAAUUGGACCAGAUAUACUUCGUGCUUCCGAACGCGAAGCUCGAAUACCCGUUGACGGGGCUCGAGAUGGCGGCCCUAGCGGCGAAGGCUAGCUCGGCGCUCUCUAUUGCUUCGAGGAAGCGCGGCAAAGACCGGAGGAUUCGAGUCGUGCCGGUCGCGGAAGUCCGCGAGGAAGUCGGAUAUGGGGAUUUUGAUGGUUUCAAGAGACUGGAUGGUGGUAAGGUUAAAAUUUUGGCGGAGAGAUCGAUGGUCGUGGAGAAGAAGGUGGGAAAGGGGAUUUCCAUGCGAGGUAGAAUGAGAUCUCCGCGUUAUAGAGGAAAAUUGAGCACAAUUGAGGAGGGUAAUGAAUGAAAUUUUCUCCCUUUUUUUAUUUUUUUUUUGUUUAUAUGUAAAGAGAGAAAAUGAUGUUGGAUUAUUUAUUUCCAUCUUCUAUUGUUGCUGCCUGCAACUCCAUUAUUUUGCUCGGAGUUCAUUAUUUUAUCUUUUAGAAACAAAAAAUUUUGCUGGUUGCUCGGUUUUGUGCAUAUAAAAUGUGGGCUGCGGAAUGAGAUCGUCGUUGGCUUUAGCUUUUGAUGAAUGAGUAAUCAAAUGUUUGAAUUGGUCUUCCCAACUAACU